GAGAUCCCAGAGACGAGAGCACAAACGGUAAGAAGGUUGUGAACCAUAGGAUGGCAGGUAAGAAAAGUCAAGUUGUCCAGCUGCAGUUAGAGGUGAAUACAGAAGAACAAUGGAAAAAACUACUGGAAAAAGAUGGUCUUACAGUGGUUGAUGUGUAUUCAGAAUGGUGUGGUCCAUGUCUUGGGAUGAUUGGGACAUUGAAGAAAAUAAAACUGGAGGUUGGAGGAGAUUUCUUAACAUUUGCCAUUGCAAAAUCAGAUGACAUUGAAGCCCUCUCAAGAUUUCAGAACCGCAGUGAACCAACAUGGAUGUUUAUUGCGGGAGGCCAGUUAGUGAAUCUUGUGUUUGGAGCAGAUGCACCAAGGCUUACAAAUCUUAUCAUAAAGGAAAUUAAAAAGGAGAAGGAGGUACAAAAGGGAGAAGCUACACGUGAUGCUUUGCCCUUUGACGAGUUGACUCCAGAAGAGCGAGUUCGUCAGUUAGAGAAAGAAAAACGGCAAUUGGCUGCUAAAGCACAAGAAGAGGCUACUGAAGCUGCUGCCAGAGCUGCAGCACAUCGCAGGGAACUUCACAAUCUGGUGAAAUACAUCAGCAGUUAUACAGUGAUCUUGCUUAUGCCUUACUUAUAUGAGAAUGGCAGCAGCGAAGCAUGGCAGGCCCUCUUAGAGAAGCUUGGACCAAUGGGAUAUGCAGUGCAAGAUGAAGAAAAUAUUGAACUACAUUCCAGUUUAGCUGCAGAGAUUCUUUAUGAUGGUAGAGAAGAAGUGUCACAAGAAUUCACUGAGCAGCUGCAAUCUGGUAAAGCUGUAGCAAAGUUGAUACUUUACAAACCACAUGAAGCUGGAGAGGUGGCACCACUUCCUGAACUAGAUAAGAAGGAAACUGAACCAGAAGAGAAUGAGGACACUGGGGAAGACAUCUCAACAGCACAAGUUGAUGCCAUGCUUGAAGUGGCGAAGAUUAUAUAUGGCUGUUGGCCAACAGAGGGAGACAGAUAUCCACUGAGUGUAGACCCUGAGAGCUUGGAUGCAAGGUAUAGGAAGGGAACAGACAUACCAGCAAUUUGGACACCACUCACGCCUGAUGGGAAAGCAAAUGCAAUCAUGAAGUUUUUUCCAAAGUUUGCUGAAAAGUACAAGCUGCCACCUCAGCCAACAUUGCCUCCUGUGAUUACAAUUGUAUUUGAUGCUGUCAAGUCACUAGAAGUAAAUGAGAUGAUGCAGAAUUUUCAAGACGAAAUCAUCACAACAGGAUAUUUCACUGGACCUGAUCCUUCUAGUGCUAUAAAGUUGGCAACAACCCAAGAGCAAUAUGAGCAACAUAAUAAACAAGAUGGUGAAACCCUAGUCAUUGUGGUAAGCCGCAGAAGGAGUGAUCCUCUUCUGUCAUUCUGUCAGCUGGGGCCAAUAUAUAUAAGCGACAAUGUAGAUGAUGGUAAAAAGGACUAUGAGGCAUUCUUCCCAGAGGAUGAAGAGGAAAAAGAAGAAUUUUCACCUGAGAAGCCUCAGAAAACAAGCAAACUGGAAGUAACAAUACCGCAAUACAAGGGAGAAGAUGAUGAAAUAUCGGAGUAUACAUGUGAGAAAGGAGAGAUGUCUGUACCACACAGCAAUGAGGUCAGUGGCUGCUUAUCUUCUACAAUUGGACAGACGCCAUCAUCAAAAGUCUGCGGUGAACAAGCACCUGCACAAGAAGCAGUGAACCCAGAGGCUUAAAUAAUGUAGUGUAUUU